AUGGAGGAAAUAUCCGCCCAGGAAGCAGCAGGAUCACCAGUUGUCCAGUUUCAGUCUUUGGAGAGCCUGUCUGAGGGUCUGUCCCCAGAGCCUCCGUUCGUGCAGGACACCGACAUGGAACAGGAGCUCAACGGGGCUCCACCUGUUCCCCAGGUGCCUGCUCUUCCCCAUGAGGGAAGCCCAGGAGACCAGGCAGCUACGCUCCUGACAGCCAGGUACCAGGAGUUUGUGACAUUCGAGGAUGUGGCUGUGCACCUUACUCGAGAGGAAUGGGGAUGCCUGGACCCUGUUCAGAGGGAUCUCUACAGAGAAGUGAUGUUAGAGAAUUAUGGGAACGUGGUCUCACUGGGCAUACUUCUCCGCCUUCCUACCACCCGGAUUCAUAGUGUGAAUUCCUGCCCGGCCCUGAGUCAUACCCAGGCAAGUGCUUUCUCUGGAGAAACACUUGCAGUUCUUUCAGCAGGAAUCUCCAAGAGAUGGCCCAAGUAUCGGCUUCCCAUCGAUAUUGCUCGUCCCCGCUCGGAAACUCCUUUUCCACGAUUGUAAGAUAUUACACUUGAUUGAUGCUCUCAGGAUGCCACCACUAUGUAAAAUUGCAGCUCCUCAGAUGACCUUUGUUAAAUUUCGGAAGGGCCAAGGAGGUCCUCCAUUGCAGCCAGAUGAAUUUUGAACUUGAGUUCUGAGUUCAUUCAUAAGCCACGGUUGGUGGUCAUCUACUUGUGUUCUGAGAAACCACAAAGUUCAACUGCAGCUCCUCAGUUAUGAUCUUUUCAUGUUAUUUUAGAAUGUGGAACAUAUGCUGUGCACCUCUCUUUUCUGUAGUGAAUAUGACCAGCCCCUUCUGUUGUCUGACUUUUCAGUGACCCCUAGGCUUUCCUCAUGUUUAACACUCUUGUCUUCUCCUUUAAGUCCCCAUGGCCCCCUCCAGGGCCCUGACUUUGUCCCCUUUAUUCUUUGUGGUGCUAUACAGUUUGAUGCAUUUAAAUGACCUUUUCUAAUCAAGUGUUCCUUAGCUCUGUCCUUGAUGGAUGGGAAAUGGGAGGGCAAAAGAGUUUAAUUUCUUUAUUUCAGGGUAUCAAAUUGAAUGUAUAUUUAACAACUUUGUAAACUGUAAAGUGAUGUAAUUGUAAACUGUUAAUUUUAUCUAAUAAUUACAUAAUUUCCAACAGUUAACCUGUCUACUUUUUGGAGUAAACAAACUUCUUAGCACUUUAGUCAGCCUCGUAGCACAGCGUGCUAUUAGACUGAAUUUUAUCCCAUUUCCUGUGUCACCUCUGCACAAGUACAGGACAUGCAUGCACACGCACGCAUACUGGCUACAGACGCACACAACAGACUCUCCUGUUCACCUUGCUUUUGUGACCAAGUCAGCAGCAUCUUUUUAGUUAAUUAUUUUUUACAGUUCUCAGGAAAUCAUUUUCGUAUUUGUGGGCUCAGCAGACUCCACCUGAAAUGAUUUCCAAUUUCCAAGCCUGAUGGAUCUCCCAGCAGGGAACAAGAUCUACAGGUCUUUGAUCUGGAAACUAAGAAUAGAGAAGUCUUAAGAGAUGACUGCUCAG